GUAUUGCCAUUUUCUCCGCUUUCAUUUCAGGUCGCCACAAAAUUUUGCUGCUGUCAAGUGAGCCACUGAAAGUUGAGGAACAGCAAUGGGGAAAAAAAACAAGAAGCCACCACCAUCCCCCCAGUCCGAAGGUUCAGAACCAUCUGAAAAUUCAUCACAACGUGAGAACACACAAACCCCUGACCCUGGGGCGAAAAUAUUGACCGAUGAAAAGUCCUCUGCAUUUACGAAGAGGGACAGUAAACCAGGUAAACAUCAAAUAAAGGAACAGGCGAAAGGAGGAACCAGGAAAGGAGACAAAGAACAGAAUGAAAGUUCGGUUGACUAUGAAAACAAACAUGAAGACGAAAAUUCAAACAUUGACACAUCUACCACUGUGGAGGGAGAGGCAAGUGUGCAGAACAGGAAAGACACAGUCAAAGGACCUGACAAUCAGAACUUACAGUUUAUGAAUGAACAAGAUUACGAAGAGUCUUCUCAGCGAGGUCAAGGCGGAGGACAUGGGAAUGAAGAUCGUUAUUCUUCGUUAGAGGAAGGCCAAGGCAAAGGACAUGGGAGUGGAGACAGUAAAUAUUCGUCAGAGGAAGGUCAAGGCAGAAGGCUUGAGAAUGAAGAUCGUGGUUCGUCACAAAAAGGUCGAGACGAAGGGCAUCUGAAUGAGUAUCAUCACUAUUCGUCACAAGAAGGUCGAGUCAUAGGACAACGGGAUGAGUAUCAUGAACAGUCGUCACAAAAAGGUCGAGACGAAGGGCAUCUAAAAGAGUAUCAUGACUAUUCGUCUCAUUCGUCACAGGAAGGUCGAGGCAGAGGACAAUGGAAUGAGUAUCGUGACCAUUUGUCACAGGAAGGUCGAGGCAGAGGACAAUGGAAUGAGUAUCGUGACCAUUUGUCACAGGAAGGUCGAGGCAGAGGACAAUGCAAUGAGUAUCGCGACCAUUCGUCACAGAAAGGUCGAGGCAGAGGACAAUGGAAUGAGUAUCGUGACCAUUCGUCACAGAAAGGUCGAGGCAGAGGACAAUGGAAUGAGUAUCGUGACCAUUCGUCACAGAAAGGUCGAGGCAGAGGACAAUGGAAUGAGUAUCGUGACCAUUCGUCACAGAAAGGUCGAGGCAGAGGACAAUGGAAUGAGUAUCAUGACCAUUCGUCACAGGAAGGUCGAGACAGAGGACAAUGGAAUGAGUAUCGUGACCAUUCGUUACAGGAAGGUCGAGGCAGAGGACAAUGGAAUGAGUAUCGUGACCAUUCGUCACAGGAAGGUCGAGGCAGAGGACAAUGGAAUGAGUAUCAUGACCAUUCGUCACAGGAAGGUCGAGGCAGAGGACAACAGAAAGAAUACUCAGCUGAUUCCUUACAGCAAGGUCAGAAUACACAGGAGUCUUAUGCAGAUAAAAUAAGCAAGCAAAACAGAAACGAAUUUAAUCCCAAGAUACGAGCUGCGUUGACGUGCAGUGGGUGCAAUUCAUUCUACAAUUGUGAACAUCGUAAACCAAAAUGUCUGAAAUGUGGCCACACAAUAUGCUCUGAGUGUGCCGGUCGUUUUAUUCACCGAUCCAUACUUGGGUGUCCGGAUUGUCGCGAGCCUACCUCUGUUCACUCUCCUAAGGAUCUUCAAGACAAUAUUGAGCUUAUGCGCAUGUUAAGAGAUAACAAGGGGUUACUUAAAACAUCGUCCCCGCACGGAAGCAGGUGUUAUGAGCAGGGAAUACCAACAACGCACUAUUGCGCAAAGUGUGAACGGUGGGUUUGUAAAUCAUGUGGUGAUGCAGAUCAUUUGCCUCAAAGGGCCUGCAAACUUAUUCCAGCAGGAGAAGCUUUGAAGCGAAUGAAAUCGAAGUGUGAGUGUGAUGGGCUUAGAGCCUCUAAAAUCAUGUCGGACGCACUGAAUGAAAUUAGAAGCUACCAGGGUAUAAUCAAAUCUUGUUUGAACAUAAUGCGUGCUGCUCACGAGAGCUUCACUAUAGAAGAAACCCAUGCUCAGAAUACUCUUGCUGAAGGUGAGGCAAAGGUAGAAGCUCUUAAGAAAGCAGUUUCAAGCUUUCCAGAAGACGGAGAUAUAAAGAAGGCCCAGGCAGCCAAGAUGGACGUAGAGGGCCAGUGUUGGGAUAUUCAAGAUCGACGCUCAGCUCCGAUCAACAAUGUGAAGUUCAUCGAUGACUUCCGAAAAAUAUCGAAGAAACUGCUCAACCUAACUGCUUACCUACAUGCUAAUUCAGCCUCUGGAAAGCCACCGCCUCUCGCCCAGGUUACAACUUCUGAAGGUAUAAGAUAUGCCAAGUUAAUUGCUGAAAGCGGGAGAGUCCAUGCGUAUUCCGUGCAGAAUCUUUCACCUGAGAAUGGUACACGCGCUAUACCGAUGGAAGAUGUGAAGGCACUAAUUGACUCCUCCUCGGCGCUGCUGUUUCUGGACCUCCAUUAUGGCGGCCGUGUGCAAGGCCGGGUUUACAUCCGCACGAUGGGAGACACCAAGCGAGGCCGCCUGUUCCAGUCGCUGUGCCUGGGAGACCUCGGCCACACGCACAAGAACACCGGCUUCCAUCGCAUCUGGUGGACGGGAAGCAAGGGAGAGCACAUAUGGGGCGGGGACUACGACCGCGGGGAUGGGAGUGGGGGAGCCGCCUUCUUUGCCCUCGACGAGAACCUGCCGCCGGCCGCUGUACCUCGCCCCAUCGUUAAAGGGCUCGUAGCGGGCCGGUAUGAGAAGGAGGGAAUCAGCACCUUAUUCCGCAUCUACACCAGGAGUGCGGAGGAAGGAAGUGAAGAGGCUGCGUUCGGAAUUGUGGAACAUGGCCUCGACGUCGUUGCAGGAGCGGUGGGCCGAGGCAACGUGAGGGACAUCAAGAUUGUCGACUGUGGUAUGGUCAUUGAGGGCCAGGGCCUUGACUGAGGGGGCCAAGGCGGGGAGGCCACAUGCGCAGGAAUGGGCCGGCAUGGUGGCGCCCGAACGCUUUUAUGCUGUGAAGGGUAGGGUGUGCUUUUCUUUUUCAAUUAGUAUUUAGCAUUAAAAAAAAAGGAAAAAAAUAUAUGUGUAUGCAUAUAUAUAUGUGUGUGUAUAAAUAUAUUUACGUAUAUCAUACAUAUAUAUAUAUUAUAUGU